UCAUGUACACACCUCUGUGUUUUUGUGUGCAGCUGUGAUCAAUACGCAUGUAUUUGUGAUACCAGUGCUAGAGUGUGUGUGGGUAGGUAGGUGAAAUCUGUGCGAGAUCAAUAAGUGCAUGUGUAAAGGUGAGAGCAGUAUGAGAUCAGUGUGAGAUCUGUGUGUGUGUGUGUGUGUGUAUUGUAUUCCCAGUGCGGCACGCCUAGGGGGCCAGGCCAGACCUGAAAAACCAGCCGCCUCCUCCUCUCCGAUUCACCACAGUAGAGUGCGCCACACACACCUGUCAGCCAGGUACACACAACAGACGCGAACACACACUUUUCUCCAUGGCUUUCUGGUAAAGUGCUUUACCUGGUCCUUUUCUUUGGAGUUCUUCUCUCAUCAGCCACGUUACCUUGCUGGACUAUGCCCUGCUCUGUGGACUGAGAGGCUUGCACUGCAGGGAGAGAUUUUUCCACAAGCAGGUGUGAUCGAGAAGCACACUGGUGAAGAUGCAAGCCACCACAGCUUCUCAUGUGACCAACCUCACCUUGGCCACGACCAAAUCGAGAGAACAAAUCCUCAUCCAGAGUUCAGGCGCCAUGAUCGCAAUUAUCGUCAUCGGCAUCAUAAUCAUCCUCAGCAUACUACUCAUCAUACUGAAGACAUAUAACAAGAAGAUGCACACGAGGAGGAUGCUCAGUGGGACUUCCAGCAAACCGCGGAAAAACACGACCUCAACAACGACGACGACGUUGCCAAUGGAGAACAUGCGAGGCAGCACCAACUUGGGAGGCUUUGCACACUUGCCCAACACCUUGGAGAACGGGUUCCGUUUACCACGAGCUGAGGUGGCCAACACGUCCAGGCAGGUCAGCAUGGCCAGUGGCUCCACCGUGGUCACGAUACACAACACGCCAUCGAUCGAAAAUACGUAAAAAUAUACAUAUAUGUAUAUAUACACACACACAUAUAUACAUAUAUAUAUAUAUAUAUAUAUAUAUAUAUAUAUAUAUAUAUAUAUAUAUGUGACUUAAAUGGGCUCCAUUGUGCUAUGUGAUGAGAACACACACCCCUAGAAUGAACAAACUGAUCAGAGGAUGAUGACCAGGACAUGGGGGGGAGGGGAGAAAGAAAGACUGAACACUGAACUAUUGGCAUGCUGAGACAAAUAUGAGCACCACUGAAGGCCAAAUGUAGUCAAUGGACCACUGGGGACAUUUUAGGACCAAAAGACGUCAGACGGUGGUUAAAUGGACCACAGGGAACUCUCAGAGGCAAGCAUGGGCGAUGGACCACUGGGGACAUUUAGGGUUCAUUAUAGCUCUGAGAAAACCAUUCCAGUGUUCUGUUAACAUGUUGAAGGACCAGUGGCCAUUUCACCGAAUAAUCGCACUUUGUGGUCUAUGGAAAUUGAAACUAUCCACUUUUAUAGCAGGAACCUCACAAAAUGUCAUGACUGAGUAAGUAAUACAGUGUGUGAUAUCACAAUCAGUUUCCCUUGAGUCCAAGUGUUAAGACAGUAGUGAAUACAGAGUGAAGGCUGCCAAUACCACUAACAAUAACUGAUGUCUCCCUUUAUUUAAAAUAAAGAACAACAAAAAAGCCUUUUAGUCUAAGGGCAGUUGUUAAAUUCUGUCAGUAGAUGUUUAAUAUGCGACCACAGCAUUGCUGAAUUCUCGAUCCAGAAGGUGCUGUAACAAAUGAAGGUGUAUAUUAACACAUCUGUGUAUAUCAUUCUAAUAGGUUAUCAUUUCUAUAACAACAGCUCAUUCACACAUAAAAAAUGUGUUGUUAUUUAAUUGUAUAAUCAUUGAUAAUGUGAGGUUUUCUCUGAGGAGACAUUUAUUUAACAUUUUUGGAAGUAUCAGCACUUUGUAAUAGUCAGAAGUUUAAGUUUUCUGCCAUGUGAAAGUCUUCAGGAUGGAGGACUUUGCGCUUUGCAGUUUAUUGGUAACAUGACAUUUUUUUUGUCUUAUUAACUUCAGGAAAAAGUGAGGGAACUGUUUAGUGUUGUAAUGCAAGUGAUUACCGGUACAUAUGCUGUAUUCGACUAGAGCUUAUUGCUUGUAAUUCCCGAUCUCCAACCAAGAAAAGCCACAGAAAACGCCCCCUCGACUUGAAUUUGUUACUUGGGAACUCAGGGUGGUCUUCACAAGUCAAAUCAACAUGGCUGUGCACAGCAUCAGAAGUAAACAAAGUAGCACUUCUUACCUUUAAAUGAGCUAUACUGUAUAUACAAGUAUUUGCUUUAGAUCAGUCAACAUACACACAAUAUUAGCUUGUUAAAUCUAUAAACACUGACUGAAUAGUUUGCUGUUUUAAGGAGGAAAAUAUACAUUGCUCAUCAGUUAGCUGGACAGCUUAUUGCCAGAAAAGACAAACAUAAUUUUAUCCCACUUUGUACCUUGAACGCACAGAGGUCAAAAUUGACAUCAUUCCAAGCUCCAACUUCGCACUUCUGAGGUAAGUCGAAUACAGCAUAAUGUUUUGUGGAGGUUCCAUAACAUUUAAAUGUAACUGUAAGCAGUUAAAAAGCACAACAUGUCAUUAUAACAGGAAUAAAACAUUUUUGGAUGUGCUGUUAUAGGAAAAUAAUACACUUCACAGGAGACUUCCCUCUUCUUCAUGCCGGGCCGUAUCACACCCCACUGGUGUUGAUUAUUUUCCUAUAACAGCAUGGACCAUUGUGUUCUGUUCCUUACAUUUCACACAAUUUCAAAACUACAACACGCUAAAGGCUUAUUAAUAGACAGAAGUGAGAGAAAGUCUUAACAAAGCUGUUCUUAUCUGAUUUUUGUGCAAGUUUCAAACACUAGAGCAAUACAGUAUAAGAAAAAAAAUCACAUUACUUGUGAUGUUUGUGUCUGUGCACAAUCAUGAAACGGAAGCACUACUCAUCAAAUUAUACAGAUCGAAAUACAUUUGACUGAAGAAUUAAAGCUCUCUACAACAAAAUGUUAAAUGCAUACAUGUUUACUGACGUCCAACUGAAGCCCAACAGCCGCCCUUAUACUUCCACUAUAAGUGUGUUUCACAUAGGAAUGUCUUGUUUCUCUGUACUGAAAAAAGAACAUCAAAACAUCACGGAUGCAGUGGCUAGAGCGUAGUGGAAUUAAAAAAAAAACACUCCAGAGCAUUUAAUGCAGCAACUUGAUAUAAAAGUUGGUGUUUACUGUAGAAUUUUGCACAUUCACAUGUGAUAUUUUGUAAAUAAAGCUUUUUAUGUUGAGACAAUAAAAACAAAUGAAAUGAUUUGUUGAA